GUGCUGCUAUUCGUAAACUUAUGAUUUCCUUUCACACAAAUUCAUGGCUAAACAUCCCAAACAUAACACGACAAAACUUUACCGGGACACUUUUCAGCGUUCGCUUUGCUUGUAAUACAAUUAUGACGUGAUUCUGACUCUCACACAGCAACUGUUACUGUCAUUUAUGUCUGCGCAUGACUUAAUGCAAGUAUGUGGACUGAACAGGAUGAUAGCGUGUGUUAGCAUAUCACGACAGGAAAUUAGCUCGUUAGCUUGGACAGGUGAGCUGAGUGUUGUUAUGAAGCUUCUUUUCUCGGCGUCCUAUUCAUGAUCUACUUUAGUCCUAGUGGCAUCUUCAUUAUGGACGCCGGGAGAAUUGUAAUCCGAAUAAAAACUCCGUUAGGGGACAUGGAUUCUUCCGUCGACUGUCCAUCACUGCUAAACUUCAGUGACUUGCUGGGCGCCAUCAGGGAUGUUAUGCCUGAAGCCACCGUCACUGCCUUUGAAUAUGAAGAUGAGGUUGGUGACAGAAUCACAGUGAGAAGCGACGAAGAGCUCAAAGCCAUGUUGUCAUAUUACUGCGCUACAGUGAAUGAAGAACGCUUGAAUGGACAGCUUCCAGAACCUCUUCAGAUAUUUCCGCGAGCCGGCAAGACUCCGGGGAUCCGGAACAUACAUGGCCUGAAGGUGAAUACAAGACCUAACCCAGUCAAUGACUGUACACAUGGCGUGACAGACGCUAUGGCAAACAAGAGCUUAAAGAAAUCAUCUGCUGAGUUAAAGAGGAUCUUGACAACUGGGCAGAUAAAUGCCCAGGAUAUCCAAUACCAAGAACAGCUUGGACAAGGAAAUGGAGGGACGGUCUACAAAGCGUAUCAUCUACUCGGCAAGCGUGUCUUAGCUGUCAAGGUAAUUCCUCUUGACAUCACUGUGGAGCUCCAAAAGCAGAUAAUGUCAGAGUUAGAAAUUCUCUACAAGUGUGACUCACCUUACAUCAUCACCUUCUUCAGUGCUUUUUUUGUGGAGAACAGAAUAUCCAUCUGUACAGAAUUCAUGGAUGGUGGUUCACUUGACGUGUAUAAAAGGAUUCCGGAGCAUGUCCUGGGAAGGAUUGCUGUGGCAGUUGUGAAAGGCCUAACAUACCUGUGGAGCUUAAAGAUACUUCACCGAGAUGUCAAGCCCUCCAAUAUGCUGGUGAACACCCGAGGACAAGUCAAGCUAUGCGACUUUGGUGUCAGCACUCAGUUGGUGAAUUCAAUUGCCAAAACAUAUGUGGGAACAAAUGCAUACAUGGCGCCAGAACGCAUAUCAGGGGAACAGUAUGGUAUCCAUGCAGAUGUCUGGAGUGUUGGAAUCUCUUUCAUGGAGCUGGCCCUCGGAAUGUUUCCCUAUCCACAGAUCCAGAAAAACCAAGGAUCUUUAAUGCCUCUUCAGUUACUGCAAUGCAUCGUCGAUGAGGAUCCGCCAGUUCUCCCUGCAGGACAGUUCAGCGAGAUGUUUGUUCACUUCAUCACUCAGUGCAUGAGAAGACAACCCAAAGAGAGACCUGCACCCAAUAACUUGAUGGAUCAUUCCUUCAUCGUGCAAUACAAUGAUGGAAAUGCAGAGGUGGUGUCCAUGUGGGUCUGUCGCUGCUUGGAAGCGAGGCGAAACACAGCAGGCUCAAGGGCGUAACUUGCGCCUUGAUGGACCAUGACAUUUUCAGCCAGUCCCUUGACCACUGCAAGGCUUCAAGGUCAUGUACUGUAUGUCCAUCUGCACUCUGCAAAUGACUCAGUCGACAAGGUUGCCUGUCACUCGAUGUUUGAGCCUUUUUGCAUCACUUUUGUGCAGUGACAGGAGCUCACAUUCUUUCAACUCACUCUUAAGCUUUUUGCAUUCAUUAUGAAGAACCCCCCCAGCGCUGGUCUUCUUCUGCCAUCCAGCCGGAUGAACAAAGAUUGAAAAGGUGAUUGGUGAUUGGAACUUCAACGUUUAAGAUUGCAAUAUUCUGAGAGUGAUGGUGGUUUUGGCACCCUGCUUGUGAAUGUUAAGGUGUUUGCCUGGGACUACCAGCCAUGUGUGUUCCUCCUCUUCCCAGUGGUAUCAUUUCACGCUUCAGCAACCAUAGCUUGUCUCCAGGAUAGCAAUAUUUUCUGGCAAAAUAUAGCCAUUUAUAAUACCUUUAGAAGAGGAUCCGCCCACUGGUGUCCCAACUCCUUGUUAGUGACAGGAAUCGGGGUGUGCGCAAUUAUUUCAGCUUGACACUCAAAUAGGAAAUUUGGCUCCUCCUCGGGAGAAACAUUUUUAGCGCCAACAGUAUUGACCUACCUAUUUGUAUCAAAUCAACUAAUGGUACACAACUCCUCGGACAUUAAUUUAUCGCAGCAGCACAAAUCAAAAUACCCUUUGCCAAGAAUAUGUGCACUUGCUUGACAAUCAAUGAAAAGCUUUUUAUUCUGACAAUCGUUGACCCAAUAGAAUGUCCAGUCCUCUACCGCUUUGGUCUUGAUCUCGAUCCUCAUUUUCAGAGUGGCUGGUCUCAAAGGAUUUUGGAUAAGCCUACGCCAAGCAUUUUUUUUUUUUUUUUAAGAAUAUGCAUACUCAACUUUAAAAACAGGGUUUCACUCAAUUUGGCCAUCUUAAAUUAUCCAAAGCCCUUGAAAGAAAUCUUGGAAAGGAAAGACUAAGCUCUGCGGCUCUUUAUUUGCUUUUUGUUUUUGCGGCAUACAUGCAGGCUUGAAGUAAAAAAGAAAAAAGAAAAACACAUUCCUGUCCCUGAGGAAUCAAAUAUUGUUACAUUCAAGACACUGCUUUGUGCUGUGAUGCAUCAUCCAUUGUUUAAAAAUAAAGUUGUAAUGUGAUCAAACAUUA